UCACAUGGUCGAGACACCGCGUAUAACAGGUAGUCAGGAUAAAGAUAGAAACUCGAACUUGAAGCUUUUGCUGGCUAGCUAUGGAGUCUCUGGAUUCUCAUAAUGAUAUAGAGAAGCCACUGCUCCCCAGCGAUGACUCGCCGGUGCUGACCCAGAAGAGCACUCAUGCCAGAGAUGUGCACAUUCUGAGCUUUUCCUUCUUGCUGAUAUUUCUGGCUUUUGGCGCCGCCCAGAAUCUGGAGAGCUCUGUCAACACUGACAAGGGUUUGGGGACAACGUCGCUUGGGAUUGUGUACUUGUCUUUUGCACUCUUCUCUUUGGUGGCGUCUCCGGUGGUUCGAGCUCUUGGAUCAAAGACUGCUUUGAUGCUUGGGACUACUGGCUACUGGUUGUUUAUAGCUGUACAUUUGAUCAAACAAACUUGGUACAUUAUGUAUCCAAUUUCUUUAUACCUCGGAUUUGCCUCUUCAAUAAUAUGGGUUGAGCAGGGGACAUAUCUAACUUCUGCUGCGCGUAGUCAUGCAAGAGAUAAUAACUUACAUGAAGGAACAACUAUUGGCAACUUCAAUGGAGAAUUCUGGGGAAUGUUUGCUUGUCGUCAGUUUGUCGGAAAUCUCUUGUCACUUGCCAUCCUAAGAGAUGGAAGCGAGGGAACUCCUGGUCAGACAAAGUUCUUGUACGCCAUGUUUCUCUGCAGUAUGACCUUAGGGAUCAUACUGAUGUGCUUCUUAAACAACAGGAAUAAUGUAGAAAAGGAUUAUCAAAAUUCUUCUUGCAACUUCUAUGCUUCUCUGAUAUCUUUUCUGAAGUCUGUUAUCACUCCUUUGUUCGAUGUACGAAUGCUAUUGAUCAUCCCCCUUAUGGCGUAUACAGGGUUACAACAAGCAUUUGUAUGGGCCGAAUUCACCAAGUAUGUUGUUACUCCAACACUCGGUAUGUCUGGCGUGGGUGGUGCAAUGGCAGUUUAUGGCUUUUUUGAUGCAAUAUGCUCACUCGUUGCUGGUCGACUCACAUCUGGUCUCAAGUCCAUCAGUCUUAUAGUUUCCGGUGGAGCUCUCCUUCAGGCUAUUGUAUUCGUCUGGCUUCUUCUAAAUUUCAGCCGAGCAAGCGGAGUAAUUAGCAUUGCAAUAAUGGCAGCUUUAUUGGGUAUUGGUGAUGGAGUCUUCAACACACAGAUCAGUGCUUUGCUAGGGAUAUUCUUCAAGCGCGAUACUGAAGGAGCCUUUGCACAGCUCAAGGUGUGGCAGAGCGGUGCUGUUGCAGUCAUCUUCUUUAUUAGUCCGUACAUAUCAUUAGAGGCAAUGCUGGUGGUUAUGCUAACUGGAGUUUGUAUCGCAUAUGGCACCUUUGUCUACCUAUUUCUUCAAGGAGAGGAAGCAGUGUCAUCUUCAAGGUUGUGAUUUGCGCGCAUGAAAUCAUCGUCUUCCAGGAAGAAUUCUGAAGUCAGGGUUGUACAAGAGCCAAGAGGAUGUAUACUAUGUUCUAACUGUAUCUAGAAUUCAUAAAUCCAUCCACUGUUAUUUCUAAAGCUAAAUACUUAACCUUUUGAAUGUAAGAGGUUGAAUUUUGGGCAAAUUACUGUUCACACCCUGUA